AUGACCAGCAUCUCCAGUGACUCCCUGGAUGCUCUGGAGGAGGAUGACCUGAUCGCCUGCUCCUCCUCCCUCCCUCACCCUCCCUUCCGCCUCACAGUGGAGCCCCCCCACCCCCAGCCUCACCCACGAGGGGGUGCAUCCUCACCCCGAGGAGGGGCAGGAGAGUGGAGAGGAGGAGGAGGGAGGAGAGGAGGGGGAGGAGGGAGGAGAUCGGGCAAUGGAGCCGGGGUCGACCCCCACUAUUCUCCAAUGACCCCUGACCCCGUGAACUCUGAACGUGUGACCCCCGUGGUUGACCCCUCUGAGAACCUGAACUAUGCUGAGCUCUCUCUCAUGCUGGAGUACCUCCCCAGUCCUCCGGAGGCCAGCGACGAUGAGGAGGAGGAGCAGAAGAGGGAAGAGAGGAGGAGGAGUGAUGAAGGAGGUGGACAGGAGUUAUUUUCCGUAUCCGGACGUCCCCGUUCCUCCUCCUCCUCCUCACGUAUGGACUGUGUGUUUACCUUCGAGCAGAGCGAUGCAAGGUGUUACUACAAUAUCUGCCCUAACGUUACCCCCGACAGCGCAUGCAGCCUCACCCACCCUCACCCUAAGGCUGAGGAAGAGGAGGGUGGUGGUGGUGGUGAGGAAGAGCAGGGGGCGGUCCUGACCCUGGAGCCCGUGCCCAUCCUCCAGCCGCCGCCAGGGUUCGGAGACAGCAGUUCUGACGAGGAGUUCUUUGAUGCGAGGGAUCGGUUCGCCUCGCCUGAAGACCCAACAUCAGGGACUGUGUCCAGAGGUGUGUCAGGGUUAUUACUGUACUGUAAUGUAUAAUAGUUAGUUCCCUCUUAGAUGCCUAGAGGUUGGUAGUGUUAUGAACUUUAUUGCACUAGGUUCGAUAUUGUGUUAACAACUUAACAGCUUUAGUUUUUUAAGUGUUAACUUGAAGAACUGAAACUUGUCAUAUUAGAUCAAACUGUGAGAAGCAUAGUGCAUAUUCUCCAGUUAAUUAGUGAUAUAUAAAGAGAGAUUAAUGAGAUUAAAUGGAUGAAAGGUUUUAAUUCCUGAUGACCUGAGGUCAAUACAUAGCUGGGAAGCAUUUAAAUAUGUUAGGUUUGUUCAGAUUUCUUUAGUCACAUAAAGUUGUCAUUUUUUUUCUUCAGAUUUUUCAGCCGAGAUGGCAAGCGGAAUGGCACAGCAAACAGUGAGCCUGAGUGACAUCAGAAUCAACCUGACGGAAGGAGGGAGUGAUGAACGAGAGGAGGGGAGAGAGGGAGAGACUACCGGAGGAGGAGAAGGAGGACGAGGCAGAGAGAUGUUCUCCAGGCUCUCUAGGAAAAGAUCGAAGAAACGGCGUUCCUUCAUGCAGACUGACUUCACCUCCACAGUCUCCUACCCUGGACCGGACCAAAACCAGGAGCGGAACUGGACUGGAACCCAGAUCACGUUCCUGAUCAGUAUCCGGACCGGGUACAGAACCGGACAGAGAGCUCAGACGAAAGCCAGCUGCUGAGUUUGGACCCAGAACCCUCUGAGCAGAGCCAGAACCCAUGUCCUACUGUCUCCUCUCUGAGCCACACUGAGGGGGAGGCAUUCCAGCUCGAGUCCAAGCCUAUCCUCACCAAGCCCACCCGAGAGGGGUCCCACCAGGGACCUGGAGAUCCACGGGCGCCUGAUAACCCGAAGGCUGAACUCCAUAGGAGCUCCAGGAGCAGGCGGAAGUCCAUGGAGACAGAGCCCGACGUGAUGGAGUCCAAAUCGGUCACGGCCCUGGUGACGGCAGCCUCCUCCUCCAUCACGGCUGUACGCUGUAGAGUAGAACCAGACGGCAAGGAGAGCACUGAUCGGAGAGGAGACGGGGAGGAGGGAGAGAUGGAGGAAGAGGAAGGGGGUGGAGAAGCAGGGGCAGGACCGUUCACAUGUCACAUGUUUCUGACUGAGAUUAAGGAAGAGGAGGGGGAGAGGGGGGAGGAACUGGGGGAGGAGGGGGAGAGAGACAGAGAGAGGAGACAGCCCUCACUCAUUUCUGAAGGUCCACCCUCCGUUAGGGGGUCCCAAUUUAGUAGACGACCUCUGUGUCUAACGAAAGACGAGGGUCAGGAAGCUUAUUUCAUACCCCAAAUAAGUAUCUCCCAUCCAGGUGUGUAUGGGAGGGACACAGGGGGUGAACAGGACGUGGCUGGUGGUGAGGAGAGCGUGACUCCCCUUCCGGCUCCUCCUCCCCCAACCUCUCCAAUACCACCUCUCCCAGCCCCCUCCAUCCCCCACACGGAGAGGGGAGAGAGGGAUAGCGAGGAUGUGGAUGUGGGGUCCCAACCCAAACCCUUCACACUCUCAGACAGAGAGAAGGACAAUAGCUGCUUGACUCAAGUCCAUAGAAAACUCACUAUCAGUCACCAGGACCUGACAAGCAUAGUGAAAGCAGAAACUAACAAAGAUGAAGCUAUAGUUCGCACUAAUUCUGUUACUGAUAACACUGAUGUUGCUACGGCUAACAUUGUAGCUACAGCCAGCAUUCAUUCUGUCAUGGCUAACACUGAGGCUACAGCUAGCUCUGACUCUGAUUUAGCCACUGCUAAUCACAAAGAUUCAAAUAGCAUCAAAUCUGUUAUGGCUAACACUAUAGCUAACACUAACAUUGAUUUAGCUACUGCUAACUCUGAUUUUGCUAUGGCUAACGAUGAAGCUAAUGCUAUAAUGAAUUCCCCUACACCUAGCACUGAUUCUACAGGUAAUGCUAACUUAGCUAUGACUAAUGCUAAUUCAGCUAAUGCUAACUCAGCUAUGGCUAACAUUCCCAAAGAGUCUCCCAUAUCACCUACAACAGGAUUCCUCCUCCGGCCUUGCUCACCGGGCAUCAUCGGCCAAAGCCUCUCGGCCUCCACAUUACGGGGGAAGAUCCAGAGCCUGCCCCUCUAUUUAUCUCGCUCCCAGGAAACCCUCACCCUCUCUGGGGUGGGCAGCACCACCAGGAGCCCCUCUCAGGAGCCCACCAGCGACAAGACUGAGGUAACGGUCACAACCGAAACAGCCAAGGACGACGAUGUCACAGCGGUGGCGACAGUGGAGGAUUCGAAAGAUUCCGGGGUGGCGUUGGCGGAGUCGGAUGAUUCCGAGGUCACGCUGACGGAAUCGGAGGUUGGCGAGGUUGUCGUGGAGACGGCCGGGGCGGAAAUCACGAGGUUGACGGUGUCGGAGGUCAAGGAGGUGGUCGAGAAGGUUGUGAUGGUCUACGGAUCCUCCCCUCCUCCUCCUUUAGCAUCCCAUCUCUGUAGAGCCCAAACCAGAACCCAAAAUGGUUGCCAAGUUGCCUACCUGUCCCAUUGCUACAGUGGAAACCACCCCUCCUAUGGCUACAGCACCUAUCUGUCUGGAGCCCAUACCAGUCUCUGA